AUGUCACCAUUAUCAUCCUCAACCUCAACGUGUCUCUUUGGAAAGGGAUUUAAGAACAAGCAGGCCUUGUUGGCACAAAAACUACAACUGGCCAAACAGCAGAAUAAAAAGGAAUCCGAUUCAGUAGAAGAAGUAGAAGAAGAAGAAGAAGUCUCAUCAGCAGAAGAAGACAAGAAGGAAGAAGACGAUGCCCAUCAAGAGUUCGCCCGACUAUUGGCCAAAAAUCCACCCAAAAAUCCACCCAACCCUACCACCCGCAAAGAACCCUCCUUGUACAACCUGACACCCAAAAAGCCAAAACCAAUCAGCAUACACCCAAAACAAAGAAAGACGCCGUUCCGAAAGACGAACAAGAAUCAACCAAAGGGUGGCCAAAAAAAGCAAGCACAAGAAGAAGACUCCACGGACGACAUGGUAGUACUCCAAGUGGGUGACAAUGCCCGGCGACGUGAUUUUGAGCCCUUGAUGGAUCCCUCUACAUCCUCGCCUCUGGGGCCACUCCGUGCCGCCCAACUGGUACCGUGGGUGCCACCCUUUUUGACGGAUCAUCUCAUUGUGCUCGCCGAUCCCAGAAGACAAUCGAAAGACUUGCGUCUCGCCAUGGAAUAUCUACAGUCGUCUCAACAAUCCACCAACAAGCCAAAGAAUACCCGGAUUGCCAUUUUCCCCAAUGAUCCUCCAAAGGAUGUACUGGCAUGGAAGGAACGAGUCGACAAAGACAACCACAACAAAGAGACGCUGCAUGCCUAUUUGGAUUCCUCGUCACUGGACUGGAUGACCACCUAUGCUUGUGUGGACGAUUGGUCCUUGCAUUUACUCAUUAUCGACAAUGAUGGAAUCAUUCAAUGUCACAAGAGUGGAAUUGAUCCAUCGGAUAUUUGUCAGCUUGUCGCGGAUUCAGUGGCUGCCAUAAUGGAGAACCAGUAA